AUGUUACCAAAAAAUAUCGCUACCAAAAAAUUGACAGUUUCACUGCCGAAUUUUCUAAACAAAUCAAACAUGUGUGAAAGGUCACUGAAUAUUGGGCAACCCAUUGAUGUCAUUUUACCCUGGGUGAAGAUCUGGUUUCAAAACCGUCGUUCGAAACAGAAGAAGUCGAAGGGUAGCGUGGAACGAACGUCGGACGAAGAGGGUGAGUCAGAAGAUCGAGCCGAUUCGACGCCACCUGAAGAGGGUACGUCGACGACAGCACAACAGGAUUGGCAGCAUAUGACGGGUUUGGCCCCGUCGACGUUGCCGUCGGCGGGGCUUCCACCGACGGGUCUUGGUCCGUCGACGCUUCCGCCGACCGUACUGCCACCACCACCGCAACAAGCUCCUGUGCCGCCAAGUGGACUUAUGCCACCCCCGUUGAAUACCCCGCUCUCCACUUAUGACCCCGUCAAGUACUCUUCGGACGAGUUGAAGCCGUUCUAUGAUCAAACCGCUUACUACCAGCCGUACAUUCUACCACACUCAGGGUAUAAUGGUUACUAG